GAUUGAUCUGAUAUGGUUGAAGAAGAAAAGUUGGGUGACAUGUCUCUAUCAUUUUAACCGCUGGCUUCCGGCGGUAUGGCUCACAUUCGACAUGAGUGAGUGGGAACUGUUGAUCACUGCUAAUUCUGUUGACUAGUAUUCAAAGUACAACAAAACCCUUAUAAUGCGAUAUCAUCCAAAACGUAUGUUCGUGUUACUAAGACACCCAUAAGGUUGACUUCCUCCUCUGGCCUAGUUGCGUCACCUACCUGAUAUGCAACAAUACCAUUGCACUCCUUAUGACUAUUUCCGUUCAAACAAUACUGCAGCUUAGAGUAUGGGCAAUUUAUAAUAGAAGUCGCAGGGUACUCUCUUGGAUGAUUGUCCUGAGUAUAAUCGAGCUCGCAGCAAUGGCGCUCCUCAUUGGCUUGACGAUCACUCGUGUGGAAAGAUUUCCAGUAGUUUCUACUCCAGCGGGCUGUCUUUUUGAUGGUCUUGCUCCACUCUCUGCAAUAUUUUGGACGCCAGCGCUGAUCCUUGAACCUAUCAUUUGUAUACUUGUCCUCAAGAAAGUUUUUCUGGACCGACAGCAGCGCAGUGAACUUGCAAUGUUUCUGGCCCGUGAUAGUUUAUUAUACUUUCUCGUAAUCUUCAUAGAACUAAUGGGAUCAACUAUUGUCUGGGCUCGGUAUCCCUCCUAUAUCGACCUCUUCAUGCCUUGGUCUAUUGUUUUGCCAUCCUUACUCUGCAACCGUCUUCUACUCAACAUGAGAGGCCGCUUUGCAAGGCCCGGGUCUGAGCCUGUGCACUCCUCAUUGGUGAUUGAGCUUGUAAACCUCCGAACCAGUGCGGAUUCAUCGAGAAUGCCAGACGAAGAGUAAAAGAUGGUGUGCUGUAUUUGUAUAACUCAGCAUAAAUUCAACUUGUAUGAUAUCUCUGUUUACGCG